AUGUUCAGAAGAUACUUUGAUAACUUUGAUAACUUUGAUAACUUUGAUGACGACUUCUUUGUGCCUUUCUAUGGCCGCAGACGGGGUAACCCUAGAAAAAUGAUUGGAAGCGGAAAUGAGGGUUUCCUGUCGUUAAUUCCCUUCCAAGAGAGAUCCUCUCUUGACGAGGGGUUCACUGUUAGCAACUUUGAAAUGAAGGAAGAUGCUGAUAACUAUAAGAUCAGUUUGGCUAUCCCAGAUAUCAAGCACAAGGAAGUCAAGGUGGACUUUGUUAAGAGCGAGAACAAGUUGUUGAUUCUGGUUUCUGAAAAGAAAGAGGAUAAGAACCAAUACUAUUCAUCAAGCUAUAGCCGGUCUAUGGUUCUUGAUAAGCGGGUUAAUGCCAAUGAUAUUAAGGCAGACUUGAAUGGUGAUGGUGUAGUCAUCGACAUUCCCAAAGCGGAAAGCGAUGUCGUAAACAUUUCUAUCAAGGGAAAUGGGGUGACCCAUUUAUUGGAUGCUGUCCCUGACAAAGGCGAAGAAGAAGGAGGAAAGGGUAAGGAGGAAAAGGGAAAAGCUGAGGCUAAGUAA